ACAUUUCCCACCGUCCGAGCGGAUCCAGACGAGGUUCCGUGGUCAAGAGAAGAGGAGCGAUGCCAUCGGCCUUCUCGAUCGACAAGUUCACGGACAAGCUGCGCAGCUGCAAUGAGACCGCCGGCUCGAUCCAGUCGCUGAGCGCAUGGGUGCUCCACCACCGGGCUGCGCUGCCCGAGAUGCUAGACGCCUGGUACAACAGCUUCAUUGCCGAGUCCACGGCCAAGAAGAUCGUGCAUCUGUACGUGGCCAACGACGUCAUGCAGACCGGGCUGCGCAAGAUUGGCGAGAAAAUCCCGCUGGCAUGCGCGCACAAGGUCAUGAUGGCCGUCGUGCACGCGAUGCACCCGCAGCGCGACCAAGCGGUGCAUGGCGUCGUGCGCAAGCUCGUGCGCGUCUGGACCGACCGCCGCAUUCUGAACGCUGCCGUCUUGGCCAAGAUGGCUGACCUCUGCAGUAAUGGCGCGCGGCCGAUCGACGCGUCCUCGGACGACGCGCCAGCGACCGACGAGAGCAACAAUGCGCGCGAGAGCUUCCAGGACGAAGCGCUCUUGACCGAGAACCUCGUGCUCGGCGACCUUCCGGACGCAGACGACUCAGACGUCACAAAAGACGCGGCGACCAAGCUGCAGGAUCUCGAGGCCGAGGUCAUUAGCACGGACUUGCUCAGCGAUCGCAUGUUCCAGUUGCACUCGAACAUCAAGAUGUUUUACAAGGCGCAGACGGACGAGGCAUACGAUGUGGACGAAGAUACGCUCUGCGGUAUGAACUGGGACAUGCUCGAGGUACCCGUCUUCGAGAUCGUCGUCGACCAGAGCCAGCAGCAGGUUGCGACUUUCCGCCAUCACUUGGAGCAGCAAGUGGCGAAGCGCAACGACCUCAUGGACCACUACGCAUCAUUGACGACGUUUGACGUGCUCGACGACCCGACCAUCUGCGACGUCUCGAUGCGCAUGGAGAAGGAGCUCGAGGACUUGGAGCGCCUCCACACGCUCUGCAAGGAGGCUGUCGUCCUGCAAGAGACAACCAAGUUGCAGAAAAUGGCUGCCUCCAAGCUCACGCGCCGCCACAGCGACCGCACUGUCGUCGCCGCCGCGACGCUGACGCACCGCCACAGCGACACGGACGUGCUGUCCCGAUCGCGCUGGGACCGCGCGCCGCCGUCGCUUCCGCCACCGACGUCGUCGUCUUAUAGCUACGGGGCCGAGGCCCCAGCUGCGCCAACGUAUCAAGCGCCACCUGCGUACGAGUACACGUCGUCGUCGUCGUACGCACCACCGACGGCCUCGUACGACUAUGCGCCGCCCGAGACGUACCAGUACAGCGCGGCGCCCGAGCCCCACUACGGGUACGCCCGCAGCAGUGAGCCCAAGUACGGUCGGAAGCGAGAUCGGUCGCGGUCGCCGCCCCGCCGCUCGCAAGAGAGACCGCGCAACCACAGCAGCAGCAGCAGCAAGUUUAGCAGCCACCAAGGCUCUGGCUACAAGCAUUCCCAGCGCUCGCGGUCGCGGUCCCGGUCGCGCGAGCGCUGGUGA